AUUUACAGCGCUUAAGAGUCUCCAUUCCUGUGUUUCCCUAGAAAUAAACCUAGUCAUGGAAAUCUGAUUUUUUUUUUUAUAAAAAAUCCAGUUUGAAUAAUGUGGAGUGUAUUUUUGUGUAUGAAUAGUUAUAUAAAUUAUUAAGUUCUCAAAAGAGAAAGCUAGUUAGUAUGGUACAUUCGUGCAACAGGAAUGCUGUGGUAAAACAGGAUUGUUAGAUACUUGUGGUAACAGAAGAGAGCUAUGCCUUGAUAAAGAGAUUCAUCCUUAAUUAUAACAGACGUAGUGAAGCUAAGAUGGAUUUUUAAAAAUGCAGCCUACUCAAGUUUAUGGACAAAAUACUGUCUGUUGACAAGAUACAUUAAAAUAAUAGAUCCAGGAAGAACUAAGGUAGUGACAUACAAGAUUUAACAGUUGAGAUUAGUGUCAGUUUAAGCUUUAAGAAAAUAUCAUACUGCUUACUGUGGUCUUAAUAGGUGAGUUAACUUCCCCAGAGAUUAGUAUAAACCACUUUAGGAAAUACUGUGAUGAUGAGCUGUGUGAAAUUAGCUUUUAGGAAACGUGACCAUGUGGGGAGUUUACUUACUUGUAUUUGGUAGACAAUAGAGUAGUUUGGACCUUGUAUUAAAGUCCUUAUAAGGGACUUUAUAUCUUGACUUCAUAACUUUUAAUGAAAGUAAAUUAUGGUUAAGUAGCUCUUGGGUUACCCAGAAGAGCUCAUAAGAUAGUCUUGAGUAGUGUAGUGUCUUGGAAAAUGAGAAUGAUUUGGCCUAUGUGAGGGUGAAUCUCAUAUAAAUUUGGUCAGGUGUAGUGAAUUCCCCCAAUUAGGGGCCUGCUAUUCCAUUCCUGUCUGUGGUAGAGAUCUUACUCAGUGUGAAGUUGUGAGAAGCUGUCAGAAAUAUUCUCACUACUCAAAGAGUUGCCCAAGGUACCUUAUGCCCGAAUCCCACAAGUAUAAUGGAGAAUAGCACAACCCUGCCAAACUGGACAAGAGAGAGCAAAGAAAAAAUGAAGUACGACUUUUCGUGUGAGCUGUACAGAAUGUCCACGUACUCCGCUUUUCCCGAUGGAGUUCCUGUCUCGGAAAGGAGCCUGGCUCGUGCUGGCUUUUACUACACGGGUGUCAACGAUAAGGUCAAGUGUUUCUGCUGUGGCCUGAUGCUGGACAACUGGAAGCGAGGCGACAGUCCUGUGGAAAAGCACAGACAGCUGUACCCCAGCUGCAGCUUCGUCCACACCCUGCUGUCUGACAGUUUGCAGUCCCCAUCUAAGGACACAGCUCCUGUGAGAAGUGGCUUUGCACAUCCCUUACCUCCUCCAGAACGAGCUGUCACUCACUCCAACUUGUCCUCAGAUCCUCUUAGUUCUGGAGCAGUGGAAGACUUGUCAAGGACAAGCCCCUGCAGCUAUGCCAUGAUUACUGAAGAGGCCAGAUUUCUUACUUACAGUAUGUGGCCAUUAAGCUUUCUGUCACCGGCCGAGCUGGCCAGAGCUGGCUUCUAUUACAUAGGCCCUGGAGACAGGGUGGCCUGCUUUGCCUGCGGUGGGAAGCUUAGCAACUGGGAACCGAAGGAUGACGCUAUGUCAGAGCAUCGGAGACAUUUUCCCAAUUGUCCAUUUCUGGAAAAUUCUUCGGAAAUGCAGAGGUUUAGUAUAUCAAAUCUGAGUAUGCAGACACACACUGCUCGGAUGAGGACGUUCCUGUACUGGCCAUCCAGUGUUCCUGUUCAGCCUGAGCAGCUUGCAAGUGCUGGCUUUUACUAUGUGGAUCGCAACGAUGAUGUCAAAUGCUUUUGUUGUGAUGGUGGCUUGAGGUGUUGGGAAUCUGGAGAUGAUCCCUGGGUAGAACACGCCAAAUGGUUUCCAAGGUGUGAGUUCUUGAUUCGGAUGAAGGGGCAGGAGUUUGUUGAUGAGAUUCAAGCUAGAUAUCCUCAUCUUCUUGAACAGCUCUUGUCUACUUCAGACACCCCAGGAGAAGAAAAUGGAGAUCCCCCAACAGUUGUGCAUUUUGGACCUGUCGAAAGUUCAGAAGAUGUGGUCAUGAUGAACACGCCUGUGGUUAAGGCAGCUUUGGAAAUGGGCUUCAGUCGGAGCCUGGUAAGACAGACAGUUCAGCGUCAAAUCCUGGCCACUGGCGAGAACUACAGGACCGUCAGCGAUAUUGUCUCAGCGCUUCUUAAUGCUGAGGAUGAAAGAAGAGAUGAAGAGAAGGACAGACAGACUGAAGAAACGGCCUCAGGUGAUCUGUCAUUAAUACGGAAGAAUAGGAUGGCUCUCUUUCAGCACUUGACGUGUGUCCUUCCUAUCCUGGACAACCUUCUUGAGGCCAGUGUAAUUACUAAACAGGAACAUGACAUUAUCAGACAGAAAACACAGAUACCCUUACAAGCAAGAGAGCUGAUCGACACUGUUUUAGUCAAAGGAAAUGCUGCAGCCAACAUCUUCAAAAACUGUCUGAAGGAAAUCGACUCCACAUUGUAUGAAAACUUAUUUGUGGAAAAGAAUAUGAAGUAUAUUCCAACAGAAGAUGUUUCGGGCUUGUCGUUGGAAGAGCAGUUGCGGAGAUUGCAAGAAGAACGAACUUGCAAAGUGUGUAUGGACAGAGAGGUUUCUAUUGUGUUUAUCCCUUGUGGUCAUCUGGUCGUCUGCCAGGAAUGUGCGCCGUCCCUCAGAAAGUGCCCCAUCUGCCGGGGUACAAUCAAGGGGACUGUGCGCACAUUUCUCUCAUAAGUGAAGAACGGCUUUAAAGUGUUGCUGGGCACCAGAAGCCAUCUGAACAAAGAGUGGAUUCCCGAUUCAACCAGGACAUGCAUGUCUGUUCUCCUUCAGAGUUAAUGAUCUUGCUCCCUGAAAGGUAGUAUUGUGUGUUUACUCUUGAUGUGUUUAGUGGAAAGGGAAGGUCUGUGCUUGCUGUGUCAGUCAGGAGUUACUGGGUUCAUGUGACGUGGGGCUCAGAAACUCUGGAAACAGUAGCCCUGGCACUAAGCAGUUAGGAUGCCCCAUGCAUCUUGGUGCUUUUACCUUCUGGAAAAUAAGGAUUUUUCUGUUACUUGGUAAAUAAGAUUCCCCCUUCUUGUGAGAAACAUAUUAAUAAAGUGUUUUUUUAAA